AUGCCCUCAACCCGCAGCAACGGGACGCGUAGGAACACUGCAUGUUGCUGGACAUGUACAGUGCGUCGCAAGAAAUGCGACGCGACAAAGCCGACAUGCACCGCGUGUGAAUCGCGUAACAUCACUUGCCAUGGUUAUGGCGAUCGACCAAGCUGGAUGAAUGGUGGAGAAGAAGAGCAAACGGAAUUGACCCUUAUCAAAGAUGCAGUCAAGAAGAACAGUAAACGCAAGAGAGCGGAAACCCUCCAAACCCAACAAGAAGAGGACCGCGCGAAAAGUCCAGCCCCAGUUAGCGACCCACAACGUGAAGAAGCUGAUAGCCUACCCGGAAACUCGGACCAGAAUCGAGAGCUACUGCAAGUCGAAGUGGACAUUUCACCUUCGGUUCUCGAAGCAAGCUCCAGCCAAACUCCUUCAAUAGCACCGACCCCAAGCGUGACCACGUACUUCCGGUUUGGGUUCCAUCGCGAGGCGGAGCUGCUGAUGCACUAUCUGGAUCAUGUUUUCGCGCUCCAGUUUCGGUUCCAUUCCCCUUCUGUGGCCAGUGGCGGUCGAGGCUGGCUACUUUGGUUGUUGACCGAAACAAAACCAUUGUAUCACGCAGCCUUGAGCUUAGGCGCUUUGCAUCAACAUUCGCUGCUUGCUCGUGCUGUCCGAGGGCAACGCUACCACGACACCCUGAACGAACUCAACGAGCAUCACAAUCGUGCCUUGCAAGAGCUCCAAAUAUUCUUGCAAAGUAGCUACGAGGACUCGGCUGGUGCAGCUUCAGGACGCAAGAGACGGCUGCAAAUCCUUGCUUGCGGUGUUGAGCUGAUCAGCUUUGAACUGUUUCGUGGUGGAACGAGUCAGUGGCAGGUGCACUUGGGCGCUUUGGCUACCGUCGUUCGCAGUAUGUCAUCUACAAACGAUGCAGUCGAUAGUGCUUCAGCAGGAGGUCUAACCCCUGGAACUCCUGAUGAGACCCAAUCUCAUCGUCUAGAAGACACUGCUGAGAACUUCCUCGUUGGAGCCGUUUUGUGGUUCGAUGUGCUAUCAUGUGCUUCUACAAAUGACCCACCGCGUCUCCACACGCAGUCUGUGAACCUGUUGCAAGGAGAGAUCGACCUAGCAACCAUCAUAGGCUGCCAAUCCUGGGUUCCCUUGAUCAUUGGCGAUAUUGCAGCACUAAGUGCGUGGAAAGCGAGAGCAAUGUCGACCAGCAGCCUUAGUUUCUGGAAGCUAUUCGAACAAGGCAAUCCGAUUCGUGGACGUCUAGAAGUAGGCAUUGCCGGCCUCCGUGCAGAAAUUGAUGAAGCAUUCGCCGUGCUAGGGCUCUCGCACCUCGGGACUACGGGUGCCUAUCUCGUGCUGACGAACCCUGGCGUCCAACAAGAAGCCAUAAAGCGAGCUAUCACACUCGUCUUUGCACACGCUGCCGAAGUGUAUCUAAACACUGUCAUUUCAGGAGCUAAUCCAGAACUGGAUGACGUUCGAAACAGCGUGAUCAACACUAUGGACGCUCUGCAAGAAAUGCAAUUCAUCUGUGAUGCACAAGCUCUCCGAAGUCUUAUUUGGCCAAUCUGUAUCGCUGGCAGUAUGGCUGAAGAUGUGCCAACCCAGUCAUAUUUCCAAAGUCUCAUACAAGGCCUUGGUGAUGAGGCCCACAACUUUGGCAACUCCACGACUGCUCUCCAAGUCAUGCAGAAAUGCUGGACCUCUCGCGGCGACAAGUCAAGAUCGUGGGAUUGGGCUACUGCGAUGGAAUCUAUGGGACAACGAGUGCUCCUUGUGUAG